AAAAAAAAAACGUGUUCGGCGAAUGAUUGGGAGGACUUUGUCACUGUUUCCUGGAAUGGGGUUUGUAGUCAUGGGAGUGGAAAGGGUAGGAGGGGUGUGGAUAUGUAAUGCCAAGGCCGCGUGAUGCUUACCUCGCAGUCUUCGCGGCCUUGGAAGGUCCUUGAACGAGGGGACCGGGAUGGACAAGAGGUAAAAGUUCAUGGUGCCUCAGUGGUUUGUUUAUCGUUUUUGUGGAUCUGGCGGAGGGAGGGGAGAUGACGGAUUGGGAAAAUUCUCGUUUGCCCUUGGGAGUGUGCAGUAGAAGUAGGUUUGAUGCUGCCUCUUUUUGCAGUCCACAGAUAUCUACGGAACCUUUUCAGGACUGUUGGGUUGUCGCGAGAUUGGAUUUGGGUCAACGUCUUUGGGUCUUUGUGAUUUUUUAGGGUUGAACGGGUAUACGAUACAUAUAUGAUGCCGUCCAGCAUGUUUUCACGUGCGGUUGUUGUUGUUGCUGCGCUCUCUGCGCCGGUGUUUGCUCAGCUUACACUUACUGGAUGUCAUCUUGAUAAUGGACGAGAGUAAGUCGCUAUCGCAUCUUUGAAUCUAUAACAAGAUUGGUGGUUAAUCAAAAUUACAGAGUAUGUUUUCUUCCAGGUGGAGCUGAGACGACAAUCUCCACGUCUAGUAGCGUAGCUUUGCCCACGAAUUCUCCUACACCUACACCUACAGCACCAAGUUCGGUCCCAGCGAGUACAACAGCCGCAGCUCAGACCACUGCGGUUACAGCGUGCCAUAUGCAUGAGGCUACACAGUAUGUGGAUUGGACGGUGGAGUGAGUAGAAAAUGAGCAAAAGGCUGACAGAGUAAUAGAAUGUGUAUCAACGGCGCUGGAGCAGAAGUCGAGAUCAAGGCAACUCCAACUGGAAUCACGCCUCUUCCAGAGUCAUACAACGACUGUCAUGCUCACGGAGCAGAAACGUAAGUUGCUUUAGAUGUCUGAAGUAUCAGAGCAAGAACCAUGCCGUUUUGAGAUCUUUCGUUAACCUUAUCUUCCAGGUUCUGUAUGGCACCAGAUGGCCAGGAAGUCGAGAUUGUAGCCGACGCCUCCACAGAAGCCGGACAUGAAGACCAUGCCCAUGGAGAAGAGGCAGGCGGAGAAGAUUGUCACUUCCACGCUGGAGUGGAGUAUGUAUACAAAGUCCCAGUCCUUUGGUUGUAUUUUUGAGCUGAUGGAUCUUCAGACAUUGUACAGGCGGAGGCGCACAUGAAGCUGAAGCCAAUUGCGAAAGGAGAGACAGAGAUUACAGGGUCAACCUGCGAAUCGGUCUCAUCUUCGUGAUGCUUGCUACCAGUCUCAUCGGUAAGCAGAUACUAUCAUUUGGGGUUUAAGAUAUUAACGUGAGUAGCUGUAUACGCACCAAUGCUCAUGAAGGAGUUCCUCAAGGUAAACACUUCCGGCACGAUUUUCACAGUGAUUAAGCAAUUUGGUACCGGAGUGAUCAUUGCCACUGCUCUCGUUCAUGUAAGUAGUUUUGCUUUCUCCAAGUCAAGUGUAGAACAGAGACUAAUAAGUACUAGCUUCUCACCCACGCCGAGAUGAUGUUCGCCAACACCUGCCUUGGAGAAUUAAAGUACGAGGCCACAGCGACUGCCAUCGCCAUGGCAUCAGCAUUCAUAGCUUUCGCCAUAGAUCUCCUCGCUCGAAAACUCGCAAAAUGGCGACAGAAGAAGACAGCCGGAGCGGACAACGAGAACUCACCUUCUUCUAGCGUCAAUGAAAAGGCAGCAAACCCCACAGAAGAUAUCACAGCAGUAGCUCCACCCGCCAUCAGCGGUCAUAACCACGGCCAUCCAGGCCUCUCACCACACACAAACGACGCCGUCUCCGUCCUCGUCCUAGAAGCAGGAAUCAUCUUCCACUCCCUUCUCAUCGGAAUCACUGUCGUCGUGGCUGGAGACAGCGUGUUCGGUGUCCUCUUCGUGGUAAUCGUCUUUCACCAGAUGUUCGAGGGUCUCGCCCUAGGAGCCAGAAUCGCAUCCCUCUCGGCAUCAGGCAUGAGUAAAAUCAAGUACUACAUCCUGCCACUUGCCUUUGCAUUCAUUACUCCCAUUGGAAUGGCCAUUGGUGUUGGUGUUCUUAAGAAGUUUAACGGGAAUUCGCCAGGGACGAUCGUGGCGAUUGGAACGUUGGAUAGUAUUAGUGCGGGGAUUUUGCUGUGGGUUGGGUUUGUGGAUAUGUGGGCAGGGGAUUGGUUGUAUGGAGAGCUGAGGGAUGCGGGUCUGCGGAAGACGGUUUGGGGACUGUUGGGAUUGGUGGGGGGAAUGGCACUGAUGGGUUUACUUGGGAAAUGGGCCUGAGUUCGGAUCAGAAUCAAAACAUGGAUCGUCAAGGGAAGAAAAGAGGUGGAAGUAACGGCUUAAUGAACAUAGGACGGGCAAAAUAAUGAUAGAUAUACAGGUAAUAGAAGGGCACGAGAAACGACCAGGUCAAUUCGAAGUUGGUAUAAAGCGCGCACUGACCAUGAAAUAAGACUGUAAAUGUUCAGCAAACUCAUUGUCAUUCCAUAUGAUGAAUCAAUUUAAGC